AUGGCCGCUGGAAUUUUUUCUGCAAAAGAUGUUUCCCACAUUUCAAAAUUCAAAGGAGAUCAAUUUAACUUCUACAAAUUCCAACUGAGGCUCGUUCCCAUGAAUCAUGGGCUUCUCAACAUCGUAGAAGGGACUAACAAGAGACCCACUGCUAUCGCUCCAAUUGCAAGCCCUUCAAAUGCUGCUGAGGUAAAAAUCAAUACUGAAAAAAUUGAUGAAUGGAUCAAGAUGGAUACAGCAGCACAAAAUUUCAUUGUGUCUACCCUUGAGGAGAAAGUCAUGCGAACCAUCAUGAACUGUAAAACAUCAUACUCAAUGUGGUCUCGGCUUGUAAGCCAAUAUGAGCUAGCCUCCAUGGAAAACAAGCACUUACUGAUGGGUAAGUUCAUGUCCUAUCAGUUUGAUGCUAGCUACGAUGUCAUGACGCAUGUAGCUGCUGUCGAAACUCUGGCGUCCCAAUUGUGCGAUGUGAAUUCACCUGUUUCCGACGACCAGAUUAUUGCCAAAAUUACUUCAACCCUGCCAUUACAUGGAAAAAGAAAUAACAAAUCUUUCAUGUCAGCAUGGAACAGCACUGAUGACAGAAUCAAGACGAUUUCUCUACUGGCCUCCAGACUCCAAGUCGAAGAAAAUAUGCUGAAGCUUGCUGAGGUAUGCAUGGAGCCAUCUGAUGCUGGAGCUUUCUUUGUUAAUAAGAAGAAAGAGAAAGCUGCGUUCCCUGAAACAAAGAGGGAUUUCAGAUGUGAUAAUCGUCCCGUCUGCGCUUAUUGUAAAAACGUGAAUCGCAGAGCCAACCAUCGUGAAGAAGAUUGCUGGCUAAAACAAUCGUAUUUACAAGGUAAACGUGACGGUAGUGCUGGAGAUGCCAUGCUUACUCACCUGACAAAACGUGAACCACCCUUCUUCGAUGAUUCCUAUGCCUUCAAGUCUGCGGAAAUUCAGUUUAAUUCUGAAUGUUGGUAUGCCGAUUCUGGAGCAAGCGAACACAUGACUGACAACAGGGCCCUAUUCACAGACAUGAAAUCAACCCAAAGUGGAAAGCGUCUCAUAAAAGGAGUCGGAAAGGACAACAAAGCCCUUCAUGUAACAGGAAUUGGGAACAUUUCCAUCCGCAGUAACGUGGAUGGAGAGUGGCAUGAUGGAAUCCUUCGGGGUGUUCUAUUCGUUCCAAAUCUAGGCGUAAACCUAUUCUCAAUUGGAGCUGCCACAGAACGCGGAGCAAUAGCAUCGUUCGACAAGGACGGUGUAAAGCUUGAAAAAAACGGAAAAGUUGUUGCCGUUGGUUCAAAAAAUCCAGAAGAGACUUUACCAGAUGCAUUUUUCAAACCACCUAUCACCCGCGUUAUCUGCAGCUCUCAACACCAAGGCCACACAAAACUCUGCUCAGACUUGGCACGAACGCUUGGGCCACGUUAA